AUAGGCAUCUUCCGUAGGCCAGACGAGCCAGGCCCUUUGAGUAAUAGUAGCCUUUUACAGAAGGGGAAGAAACAUAUAGAAAAAAUAUUGAACGAAAACCUUGAGUUCACUGCGACCAAUGAUGGUGAUUUUGGCCAUACAAUAUCUGAGAAGGCUAAGCUUGAUAUCAGGGCACUCGAGGAUGGAAUACUCGACCGUGUUUGGUCAAAUCUCCGUAAUGUUGCUCAACACAUGCAGGAGUAUUACUACGAGUUAGUGGAAACAAUGAAGAGGAAGAUACACUCAUUUAUUACAAUUACUGAUGCCGAUGUUGCAAAUCCAUCAGAAGCUCGAUCCUUUAAAAAGCGUCUAAAUGAUGGCCAUAUGCGUACAUCAAACCUAAUACAUGAAGUUAAAAAUGUACCUGCAGACCAGUUGGCGAAGAAGAUUAGCAAUAGCGUAACUGCCUUAGGCAUUGAUGGGUGUGCAGAGGCUAUUCAGAGUAUUUCGAAGCAAGGGGAAUAUUUUGCAUUUCUGAGGGUUGUGAGCCACAACUUAUUAGGUACUAGGACAUGGGGUCACUUGUUGCAGCCCGUUGAAACCUACCUCUUGGACUUCAAGGACGAUAUUCAGCAGGAUAUCAAUGAUGUUACAGGGAAAAUUAUCGAGCAAAUGCAAACUAACAUAUCUAAUAUCGCAGCAAAAAUUAAAGAAUAUUACCAAAGUAAAAUGCGUUCCAUGAUAUUUCAGCUAUUACAAGCUGAAAUAAACUUUGGACAUGCUUUCAUCAUGAACAUGACGAAAAAGAUGAAACGUUCAAAUACAACACAAGAUUUGUCAAGAAAACUUCGAGAGGGUGUUUCAGAUGAUGAUACCUUUAAAAUAAGCAGUGACGCAAACAAUGUUUGGAGACAUGGAAAGUAUUUAAUAUUUUUACAAAUAAUAAGCAAUGAAACGCUAUAUACCCCAUCACCAUCUCAAUUAAUAACUCCACUCAAUGAAGCAGCAACGUAUCUCAAGGAAUCACAAGGAUGGUACGAAUUCUUGACCAAUUUGUAUGAAAAGUUAUCUACAUAUAACGUACAAAAAAAUAGAAUUAAAUACAACGUCGCAAACAUUGCGGACUGGGGACAAAAUAAUAAACAGCAGGGAAUAUCAAUAACGCGACAUAACUUCAAGCAAUUUAUGGAAAAUAUGAGAACGUUCAAUGUGAUGGGAUAUAAUAAAAUAAAAAAUAUAGAGGCUGAUGAUAUACGAGUUGAGGAUUUGAGACAAGUGGCGAGUUUGACGUUGAACAAAUUCCAUGUCUCAUGUCAAUCAAAUAAACUCACAAUCAAAGGAGGUUACAUAAGACUUAGUGAAGCAAUCGUGGAAAUUGGGAAUUGCAAACGCAACACAACAGAAAUAUUUGCUCUGAACAAAAUAUUUAUUGACAAAAACCUAAAUAAAAUAGGGGAAAAGCUGAAGCUCGUAAUGAUAGCCCCGACAUGGGAGGUAAUAGGUCGUAGAACAAUAAACUUGAGUGGGGCUGACGCUCCGCCACAUAAUCCACCUAAGGCAAGUGACGGCGAGGGGGACGGGGGGCGGGGAGCUGACGGUAGGCCUGGCUUGCCCGGAGGACCAGCUGGGAGUUUCUUUGGCGUAGGCACAACAUUCUUGAAUGGAAAUAGGUUGAAUAUUGUGGCUAAUGGUGGACAUGGGGGGCUUGGUCAGGAUGGUGGGAAUGGUGGACCCGGUAGCGAUGGUGAUUCUCCUAGUAGUGAUAUGAAAUACUAUAAUAGUUAUGAUAAUAAUUAUUUUUGCGACUCACUCUGUUUUGGAAGUGGUGAAUGUCAUGGAACAUCCUUGAACGACUUUCAAUUAUGUUAUUUGGGGGUUACAGCGAAAGGCUUCUACUGUAAAGUGUAUGGUUUUGUUCGAGUUCCAACAUUAUUUUACAACGACGAAAUGUUUGAGAUUGAUAUUCACGGUAAAGACGGCACACCAGGUGGAGAUGGUGGGGAUGGUGGACGAAAUGGAUACGGAGGUAAAUCAGGAGAUGUUAUGUUAAUUACGCUGGGUAACGAUGCAGGGAUAUCAAGUUUUAAUAACAAUGGCAGUGAUGGAACAAUGGGCAAAGGUGGUGAAGGAGGAGCUGGUGGUAGGGAAGGAUAUUCCAUUUAUCUUGAGUGUUUACGACAAUACGCCCUUUUUUUUAGAGCAAAAGACAAGUUCAUAGAAUUGGUACAUAGAGGAGAUCGCGGAUACGCUCAAUCUGGAAAUGGAGGAAUUAAUGGAGCUAAUAGAGCAAACAUCCAGAACCCAGAACCAUCAGCAAUAAUCAGCUUCAAGGCAAAGAUCAUCAAUAAUUAUAAAAGUUAUGCGAGAGAAAACUUAGAUGUUGAUGUUGGUGGCCGCAUUUGGAAAAACGAUAUCAUGAAAUUUAUCCGUGAAUUGGAUACCAACAGAGAUAUUAAACACAUGUAAGAUACGUCAGAAUUAUUAUGGGAGAACAGAGGCUUAGUGAUUUCGUCGGUUAUAUUGUUGAAUAUGGAGGUCAAGUGUCCUAAACUAAUCAAUUGGAGACUAUUAUCAUUGUUUUUGAGAUUUUUUAGAAUAUUAUUUCAUACGUUUUAGACUGUAAGUUUUAGAAAAUAAUAAAAGUUUAAUCAAGUAUUAUAAGCUCUUUAAAUUGUGCAAUAUUAAAUAAGUGUUCGUAUAAAGUGCAGUUUAGAAUCUACGCUAUUAACAUUUAGUUAGCUGUUGAUGGCGUUAAUAGUUAGUUAACUC